GACCAAUCACUGUACGCGCCAUUUCGGUCUCUCCAAUCGUGCGCAGACUUGCGAGCUCGUCUGUGUGCCUUGAAUUAUCCACGUGUGGGUGUGUGAUGUGUAUACGUUGAAACAGCCGCUCCGCGCGUCGACCAGAUAGCAGCAGAUUAUCACGGGCAGCUACAAAGCCUCCGAAGAAGUUGACGACGAGAUCGAGUCAACUUCAUCGCGCGAUUAAUCACUGAAACUCCUCGUCCCCGCUGGAUUCCAUCUCGCGGACGGCCUGGUGGACGCGCGAGGCGACUUCCCCAUCCCGAGGAGAUGCGUCGGCACGACGACGAAGUUACUUUUGCUGUUUGCUGUUGCUGCUGCUACCGUUCCGACGAGAGGCUCCUGCUGCUGAAAUUGGACUGCAAUAACAAGACUCCUGGAGCUCGAAAUCUAGAGGAAAACCUCGAGGCAUUUUGACGCGCGGCCCCCCCCCCCCUGCUGACGGAAGCAGCUCGAUCCUUGGCCUACGUCCGAAUCUCCUAACCUUGCAACGUUGGAACGGGGAGAGAAGACUAUAGUGUUUGUUGUUGUGAUUCCAAGUAGCUUUUUCGGAUCGUCAAUGCUUUGAGUACACAACAGUUUCAAUAAGUUCAAGAGUUUCUGGAACUUUAGAGGAGAGGCUAUUUUUCGUUCCCUCCUGGAUGCUGAGGGUAAAGAAUAAUGGAUUCCUGGUGAAAAUGUGGUAUUCGAGGAGAGCAUCUUGUGAAGUCUCUUGUACUUACUGAAAGAUGCCAAGAAGGAGAGAGUUUAAGUCAGAUUUUAGUGUGUUUAGGGACUCGGCUUCAGUGUGCGAAGACAAAGUUUCUUAUAAAGACUUGAAAAUUAGCCCAAAUAUGUUGCCUCUGAGGUGAUAUUGCGAGUGUAAAUUUGUGAAAUUUGUACAAUUAAUAGCUAGUAAAUCAGGAUUAAUUAGUAUAGUGCGCGUGGAUAAAAUUUUAACUUAAAAGUAUUUAUUAAUAAACGGCAAUGAGUGCAAAUAACAGUGGAGGAGAUGGUGGGCAAGACAAAGCUCAACCAGAGACUAAUGUGCAAACUGUUCCUCAAAACUUAACGACUAUUCAGAGUAUACAGAAUGUUGUUUCCAGUGGUAUUUCAAGCAUCCAGACAGCGCAGGCUGUCAUGGGCCAAGCUGGAACUUUAGUAGGUAAAUCAAUAUCUUUGGAACUCAAUCCCAAGCUCAUCAUGAAGCCGUCUAUUCCCUCCAGCAUUGGAAGUUCAUCAGAGAGUAAUAAAAUCACUACUGGCACAAUUUGUCCGGUUGGUUCAACGGUUCGCAUAAUUGCACCAAACAUGCUGAGUACGAUAGAACGCCAGGGUCAAACUCAAGUUCAGCAAGGAACUCAGCAAACUCAGCAAAUAGUGACAAGCAUUCCAUCAACCUAUCACGUACCUCGUGGGCCUGCAGCUGUGGCCAAUAUCUCUACACCAAGAGCCACAGUAGCAACUCCUCUUGUCAGAGCAAUAAGUGCUGGACAGCCAAUUCCUAUUUCUAGACCUGGCUUAAUAAUCACCUCUUCCAGUGUAAGUACGACAGUGCCAAGCACGCAAUGGCAGGCCAAGACGACGUCCCUCGUCUAUGCGCAAACCCAACGGCAUCCUGUGCCAGUCGUGAAUCGUCCACCCACACGACCCGUUACAACCGUUUAUACAAGUCAACCUCAAGCCCAGCCCCAGGGUCAGCAACAGCCACGUCUGGUUAGCCCGAGCCAGGUGAGCGUGGGAAGACCUGUACAGGCGACUGUAGUUACGGCAACACCGUCGAGACUCAUUGCUCCGGUACUUCAAGCUCAGAACAACAGUGGUGGAGUCACGGCGAGAUUACCCACACCAGCGAGGCCGCCGACGACCCAGGUUGUCACGAGUAUAGCGAAUGUAUCGCAAGCUGGCAGAGCCGUCGCUCAAACUAUUCAACCAAACCUAACAACAAGUAGACCUAUUAGCAGUACUCCCAUCAAUCGUAUAGCAGUGUCAGCUCCAGUAAUAGGAGCGCCGAAUAGAGUAGCCACCGUAACCUCUGUGCAAACGAGCGUCGGCCGACAACUAACGAUUAACACUGCUGCAGGCACAUCUGCCGUAAGCCGCAUUGUUAUCCCUCAAGCUAUACAGCAGCAACAGCCGCAACAACAGCAAGGAGCGCAACGAGUCGUCCAGACCGUCACUCCGUUGGCAAACUUUAGCCAGGUAUCUCGUGUGAUCGCGACGACUUCGACGAACGCUGGAGUUGCAGGGAACGUAACGCGUGUUGCUCAAACGGGCCCUACUUCGGUCGCGCGAAUUACCGGCAUGUCGUUACAUCCCUUACCACUGACACCAGCUCGAGCGACUCCAACACCUCUUAAAGUCACUGCUCAGGCACCUGGUAUUCAGACCGUCCAAUUAAAGCAGCUGCCUGCAUCAAUGCAGCCGCAGUCCCAGCUUCAGGUACAGGUGCAGCAACAUCAACAACAACAGCAGCAGCAAGGUCCAGCGCUACAGCAAAGGACGAUUAGUAGCAUAAAUAACGCCAAUGUUACUUCGGCUAGUAUUGCUAAUCAACAGCCUGGCCAGAUACAGGGACAAUAUCUACAUCCUCAGCAAACCGCGACGUAUUAUUCUAUUGAUACAUCUGGAGGAUAUCCUCAGUAUCGUCAAACAUCAGUGCAGCCAGUCAGAUUAUUAGUGGAACCAGGAUUUGAAGAACCACUUGGUAAACCUAAUGCCUCGCCUAGACCUAGCAUACUUAGAAAGAGAGAUCAUGAUGGUUCUCCUGCAAAGGGAGUAGCAAAAAACUUAGUUCCAGUACUAGCUUCUAUGCCGUCGGCCUCAGCAUCUAGUCCACCUGGCUCACCAAAAGGUGAUCGAGACGGCGGUGGUAAUCAUAGCUCGGGUUCAACGACAGUAUCGGCAACCUCAUCACCAGGUCUUGACGAAGAUCCCGAGCAGUCCCGCAUAACCAUUAAUCCCACUGUAGAGAUGUCACCGCGUAAGAAGCCGCGCAAGCAACAACUCACGGGAGUCGAACUAACUGAGCCCAGGUGCACUGAAGAGGAGAUGCAGUUUAUCACCGAGGAAAAAAUAAAAAAAGAGGUCAAAGAGGAGCCCAAGGAAAAGUACGACGAAAGGAAAUCCAACGCGAAUCUUCAGCAAGAUCGUAAGACAUCUCAACCGGCAUCCGUUAGAUCAAAACCCACGCCUUCUUUAAUAGGUAAAUCAGGUCAGUCAUGGAAAAAUCGAUUUGGCCAUGUAAGAUUGAAUCACUAUAAAAGGCCAAGUGACGUGAAGCCUCGCGAGGAAAGACGGCCAACUGUCAAUGAAAUCGCACAGCAAAAACACGUGUUACAGAAAGUGAACGGAUGGAAAGUCUUUCAUCUGACGUCUCAAAUGGACGACUUGGCUGAACUUGAAAAAUCUGUUCAUGACAAGUUAAAAUCAACUUUGACCAUGCUGGAAUCCCAGCAAGUGAAGAAUAGGCCUGAUGAUAGUUUGGAACGAACAAACGAACUUAUAAAGGGCAAUAUGCAGCGCAGUAGUUUAAUAAGCGAAGGGAUGCACGAAGCACGCGUACAACUCACUGCGAUAUUCCAGCACAAGACAUACGUGGCGGACUUACUUCAGCGCUGUGGUAAUAAACGGGCGCAGAAAAAGAGAGAUAAGUGAAUUUAAUUGUGUGCAAGAUCAAAAUAUAUUUAAAAAAGACUAUAAAUAAUACUAUAGAUACAUGUGCGAGUUUUAAGAAUACGUUAUUUUUAUUAAAAAGUAUAUAUCAAAAUAAAAAAAAAUUUUUCAGAUUUAAAUAAUACAUAAA